AUGCCAUCACAUAAAAGACAUCAAUUAAAUAAUUUGACAGAAAUAUUGUUAAAAAAAUGUACAGAAUUAGGAACAACUAAAGAAGAAUGGAAAGAUUAUGAAGAGAUUUAUAAUAACGUUCAAGCAAUAAGAGAUAUUGAAAAAGAAUAUAAUGUGACCUUACCAAAUAGAGAUGAUAAAUGGGAAAAUUUCUUGUCUUGGUGUUCUGGUGCUGGUGCAAAUUUUGAAACAAUUGAUAUUAAAAAAUUAAAGGAUGAAGAAUAUGGCUUAGUUUCUAAGCAGUUACUAAAUGAAGGGGAUGUAGUACUUAAGGUACCUAGAAAAUUAAUGAUGACAACAACAACAAUUUCUGAACCAAUAUUAAAUAAUUUUGUGAAGAAGGAUCCUAUUUUGCAACAUAUGUCAAAUGUAGUUUUGGCUCUUCAUUUAAUGAAUGAAUAUGUUAAUCCAGAUUCUUUUUGGAAACCAUAUUUAUCAAUUUUACCUGCUGAAUAUAACACUGUUUUAUAUUUUACUCCUGAAGACUUGAAAGAAUUAACAGGAUCUCCUGUGAAAGAAGAGUGCAUGAAAAUGUAUCGAAAUAUUGCUAGACAGUAUUCUUAUUUCUAUCGACAGUUUCAACAAUGUCCAGAAUUAAGGAGUUCUCCUUUAAGGCAUUAUUUCACUUAUGAUUUUUACAGAUGGGCAGUAUCGACAGUCAUGACUAGACAAAAUGCAGUUCCUUCUUCGGAUGGAAAUAAUUUUAUUUCGGCAUUAAUACCUUUGUGGGAUAUGGCUAAUCACAUUAAUGGAAAAGUAAGAUUUAAACAUUAAAAAAAAUU